AUGCGACUCAUCAAUACCACAACUCUCGAGGUAGAGGAAUUCUUCGAUGUCUCUAUUCCAGAAUACGCUAUCCUUUCGCAUACAUGGGGCGACGGUGAAGUCUCACUGCAAGACUGGGCCGAUCGUAAGAACCGUCGCUUCAAGCCCGGGUUCCAAAAGAUCAUCUGGGCCUGCACUCAAGCUUCCAAGGACCAACUUACCCACGUCUGGGUAGACACUAACUGCAUUGACAAGAGCAGUUCGGCAGAACUAUCCGAGGCUAUCAAUUCAAUGUUCAGAUGGUAUCGGAGAUCCGCUGUCUGCUAUGUCUAUCUUGAGGAUGUCCCUGCAAUGGCCUUGGACGAAUGCACCAAACCGGACAGUGCAUUUAGGAAUGCAAGAUGGUUCACGAGAGGUUGGACUCUCCAGGAACUCAUCGCACCGCCAAAUGUCAGUUUCUUCUCCAGCAACUGGACUCUGAUAGCGACAAAGUCAGAGCUGGCCCCCUGCAUUACCGAGAUCACAGGGAUUCCUUGGUCUUGUCUCCUCAAGGGUAGGCUAUCUAAAGCACACCCAUUACGGAGAUACAGCGUUGCACAAAGAAUGGCUUGGGCUUCAAACCGCUCAACGACGCGUAUCGAGGACCAGGCAUACUCUCUCCUCGGACUCUUCGAUAUCUCCAUGCCUCUGGUGUAUGGUGAAGGUUUUGAAGCGUUCACUAGACUACUCGGAGAGAUCAUUCACAAGUAUGCAGAUCAUAGCUUCUUUGCAUCCCGGCUGCAAUAUGUCGAUUUCUUACCUCGCUCUCCUUGGGAGUUCGACAAGUCACAGUCCGUGGUUAUUAGUAGCUCACCGCAGCUGCAAAGACAUUACACGCCAGGAGAUCAUUCCUACUCAUUUCAUCUGACCAAUACUGGAUUGCAGAUCACUCUACCCAUUGUGCCUACUUUGGUUCCUAAUUUCGUAUUUGGUGUGCUUGACUGUUGGGACAUUGAGACUAUGAGUACUACGACAACGCGUCACGUAUCGCGGAUAUGGAUACCACUUCUUCGGAAGGGAGCUGGCGAGUCCCAGCGGUAUCUACGGUUGAUCUGGCCUCAAACCUUUUUCCCUGUGAAGAUGGCUCGGAAGGACAACAUAAUGUUUCGCGAAGAAGAGCAACCUCUUUUCAAAGGAGACAAGCAUGGAUCCGUUACUUCAGAAGAACCUUCUGAUUACGUGGACACAAUAUCAGCAGCAAUGCAGAGAGGUAUUCUGAUCAAGAAGCCAUAUGCGACCAUCCUGUCAGUCCCGUCAUGGCAGCCGCGUGAAGCAGGAAGUCCGUUCCUACUCUGCUUUCCCCGAGGAACAGCAGGCUAUCGUCUAUACGGUAUCUUCCCCAGCGACCAUGAAUCUGAUUCCGCAUGGUCAUCGGACACACCUCCUUUGCUGCCGCUAAUAAUGCCACGCCGUGGCCACAUAAGCUAUCCCCAAGAUCCUGAUGAUGAAUUGUUUGAGGAAGGCAAGACGGACUUCUACUCUGCUUUAGUCGUCUUUAAGAAGAAAGGAUCGAAGCCUCCACAAUUCGUUGCUAUCUUCCUGUCCAACAAUGCACAGGAGGAUAAAGGAAGGACGGGUUUCGAGCCAAGAGGCAAGGUGAUUCCAAAUUGGUCACCAACCGAGGAUGCCGACUUGGAAGCCGUCGAUUUCUCUACGUUUCCCGAUGCUGAUUUCUACGGUGAUACCUUGGUUACGGUGCAGAAGGUUGCAAGUAAUCCUAGGAUACGAGCGAAAGAUCGGUUCGUUGGGCUCACGCAGAUUAUCUUCGAUAGAGGGCAGAUGAUGGAAGAGUUACGCUUGCAACCAGACACAGAAAACAAGGCAUCAAGGGGGAUCUUGCAGCACUAUGGCCGAGAUUCAUCUGAUGGAGAAGCUUACGAUUGA